GCAGCCACGUAAGGAAACAGAAACAAGCAGCUCCGAAACUCCUCUGAUCUCUCCGGCUCUUCCCCCCGCUCACUGCCAUGGAUAUCCUGGGCGCUCUCAAGCUCGCGGCGUCCCCACCCGCCCUCGCCGGCGCCGCGCUACCGGCGGCAACCCCCGCGCGCUCCUCCGUGCACUUCCACCUCGCCAAUGCCGGCGCCGCCGCUCUCGUCGCCGCCUCGCUCCUCGUCGCCGACCCGUCCCUCGCGUUCAUAGGAGGAGGCCCGUACGGGAAGCAGGUGACGCGGGGGCAGGACCUCACCGGCAAGGACUUCAGCGGCCAGACGCUCGUCAAGCAGGACUUCAAGACGUCCAUACUGAGGCAGGCCAACUUCAAAGGCGCGAACCUGCUCGGCGCGAGCUUCUUCGACGCAGACCUCACAAGUGCUGAUCUCUCUGAUGCUGAUCUUAGAGGCGCCGACUUCUCGCUGGCGAAUUUAACAAAGGUCAAUUUAACAAAUGCCAACUUGGAAGGGGCACUUACCACAGGAAACACUACUUUCAAAGGUGCUAACAUAACUGGGGCAGAUUUCACCGAUGUCCCACUGCGAGACGAUCAACGGGAAUACCUCUGCAAAAUCGCUGAUGGAGUGAACUCAACCACUGGGAACGCCACGAAGGAGACUCUGUUCUGCAACUGAUCAACGAGACUACUGAUUUAGCGAGUGAGAUCUGUUUCCGCAAGCACGUGAGGAUUGCAAAUUGAGUUAUAGAGAAGAGAGGAUGCUGUAAAGUAUCUGCUGGUAAUUACGUGUAAAUCCACUGCAAAUAAUAAAGUACGCGUUACGUUACUUGGUGUAAUUGUGUGCAAGUGACCGCGAAGUUGGUCUUAUGGAUUGACGCAGGGUUCUGAAGCUUUACAACCA